UUGAGCCUGUCAUUUUCUCCCAAAGUUCAGAAACUCAGGCUUGUGUGGGCCCAUUUGUCUGUUUCAGGAAUCAAACUGUCUCGGUUUUGUAACCUGUGGCUUGAAGUGGGUAGAAACAUUAAGAUCCAUUUCUAGGACGUUAACACCCAUACCCUCACCCUUAGAAUUGUUUGUAAAGACAUUAGCACACAUCUUUCCUACCAUAGCUAAUCCCUCCCUUUGUGAUCCCUGCUCCCGUCAGGGGAGCCUUAAGGGAACCGAGCCCCUGGGACCCGGUGGGAGCUGCCGGGUGUCGGGGGAACCGGGCACCUGCUGAGCUGCGGCUCUUUGAACUGGGCGGGCGCCGCGUGGGGGGCUGCGUGCAGGCCACGGGCCUUUUUAAAUUACAUUCUUGGAGAAUAAACACCACCCGAGCUGCGUGGGGGCCCGAGUAAAAAUGCCUCUUAGCACCAGGUGGCUGCCUGUUCUUACGGGGCCGAGCUAGGGGAAGGACAAUGGCGGGGUGGGCCUACAGCUCCCGGCACGCCGCGGGGCCGGAACUGCCGGUCCUGGCGUGCCCUGACUAGCGGCGGUGCGGGUGCUGGUCGCGGCUGUGCCAGCUCCGAUGGCGGCGGUGCCGCCGCCGGUCUACGUAUACAGCCCGGAGUACGUGACCCUCUGCGACUCCCUCUGCAAAGUGCCCAAGCGGGCCAGCAUGGUGCAUUCACUGAUUGAAGCGUAUUCCUUGCUUGGCCAGAUGAAGAUAGUCAAGCCAAAAGUGGCGUCCAUGGAGGAAAUGGCGAGUUUCCACACAGAUGCUUACCUGCAGCACCUGCAGAAGGUCAGUGAGGAGGGGGAUGAUGACCACCCGGAGUCUGUGGAGUAUGGACUGGGUUACGACUGUCCAGCCACUGAAGGGAUCUUUGAGUAUGCAGCGGCUGUGGGAGGAGCCACCAUCACUGCAGCUCAGUGCCUGCUGGAUGGCAAGUGCAAAGUAGCAAUUAACUGGCCUGGAGGGUGGCAUCAUGCAAAGAAGGAUGAAGCUUCUGGUUUCUGUUAUGUGAAUGACGCUGUUUUGGGGAUCCUGCGACUACGCCAGAAAUUUGACCGCGUCCUUUAUAUCGAUUUGGAUUUGCAUCAUGGGGAUGGAGUUGAGGAUGCCUUUAGUUUCACCUCAAAAGUCUUGACUGUUUCUCUGCACAAAUUUUCACCAGGAUUUUUCCCAGGCACUGGUGAUGUGACAGAUGUUGGCCUGGGAAAAGGUCGCUAUUACAGUGUGAAUGUGCCCAUUCAAGAUGGCAUUCAGGAUGAAAAAUAUUACCAGAUCUGUGAAUCAGUGCUGAAGGAGGUGUAUGCUGCCUUCAACCCCGAUGCAGUUGUGCUGCAGCUGGGGGCGGACACCAUUGCUGGAGACCCCAUGUGCUCUUUCAACAUGACACCCGAGGGAGUGGGGAAGUGCCUCAAGUAUGUCCUGCAGUGGCAGCUAGCAACUCUUGUCCUGGGAGGAGGAGGUUACAACCUUGCCAACACUGCUCGCUGCUGGACAUACUUGACUGGGGUCAUCCUUGGGAGAACACUGUCCUCAGAGAUCCCUGAUCAUGAGUUCUUCACAGAGUAUGGUCCUGAUUACGUGCUGGAGAUCACACCAAGCUGCAGACCAGACCGCAAUGAGCCACAGAGAAUUCAAGAAAUUCUGAACUCUAUCAAAGGGAAUCUGAAGCACGUUGUUUAGCAGAAAAGGAAGGCUCAGGCAAGAGCAUUUCCUGUGGGGAAGACAGCAUAUUUAUGUGAACAUCUGGUGAAAUUUGUGACUGCAGGGAAACUUUCGAAGAAAGUACUGUUGGUUGGUUAAUUUUUUUUUUCCUCUUUAAAGAAGAAAAGCUACCGUAUGCUACAAGCACUGUGGCUCCCCCAGGCAGGAGUGUGGGCCCUCCAGCCGUAGCCUUCCAGUGCUGGCAGAGCCUCCCUUGCUCCUUUCCCCUUCCUAUUUUAACACCACAGUUUGUUCUCACAACUGCUUUUAAAUGUAUUUUAAGAGAGGAGCUGCUCAGAGCUGUGAGCCCUCCCCAGCUGGAGCCCAGUGCUGUGUUAGCUACCCAGCAGGGCCACAGCCUCAGAGCUGCCCACUCGGGAAGUAGAGCCUGUGGGCUACCCUGGUUCUCUCUUACCCACAGAAAGGCACAGCCAUUGUGUUUUUAACUGGGAAUUUUUAAAAAAUAAAAUACUUGAAGUAC